AUGGCGGGAAAUGAUCCACAGAAGCAACUCCUAACCCUAAUUCGCGAUUUCGCAUCCGAAAAAUCUCAAGGAGAGCGGAGAAUUGUGAAUCAGAAGAAGCAAAUCGAAGAGCUCCGGUCAGAGCUGGAGGCAGCGAACGCGGAGCUUGAAGGUGAGAAGCGUCACAAGGAGAGUACGGAGCAGGAGCUCAAAGGCUACGAGGUUGAAUUGUCUAUGAACGAGGCUUCGAUUCAAACUGUUAAGGCGAGGAUUGCUUUGACUCAGGAUGAGAUAUCAAAAGUUGGAUCUCAACUGGAAGCUCUUAAGAGUGAUGAAAGUUCUGCCCGAGAUGGCUUUAUUGGCAAAAUGCUUGAGCUGAAUGGACAGAUUAGGAAAUUCCAAGAGUCAAUAACCUCCUCUUUUGGUGCAGAGAACUUCUUUGAAGCAACAUCAAAUGAUGGUUCCUUGAAUGCUUCUGCACAAGAUGCUCUUGAAGCUAGAAGAGAUUUGGAGGAUAAGCUUUCCCAAAUAAUAUCACAGACCCAUGUGGAGGAACAAGAAUACCACAAUGAACAAGUAGUUUAUGAACAGAUCCAACAGGACCUAAUCAAUUUGGAAAAGAGAGCACUGUUAAUGGAGGCAAUUAAGAAAGAAAGUUUGGAGUUGCAGGAGUUGAGUGGAUAUCCUUGA